AGAACUGAAACUUAUUCCAAAAAAUGACCACUAACACUGAGUCAGGGUGAAAGAGAAGGAAGCCGAAUUAAUGUAUGACGUCUCCUAAUGUCACCAACAGCGCUGAAGUGACAUACAACCGCGUUAUUUUGAAAUUUCAAGACGAGCAGGUGUUAGGAAUUAGCCGGUUGGCUUUCAUUUACAGCUGUGGCGCCAUGCUUGAAGGCUACACCCCUGUGACCCAGGCCCUGCUGGGGACUCUGUUCACCUGGGGUCUGACCGCCGCCGGAGCCGCCCUGGUGUUCGUCUUCUCCAGCCGCCAGAAGCGCAUCUUGGAUGGAAGUUUAGGCUUUGCAGCUGGGGUAAUGUUGGCUGCUUCCUAUUGGUCGUUGCUUGCGCCAGCGAUCAACAUGGCCGAGGAUUCUGGGAAGUACGGAUCUUUUGCUUUCAUACCUGUGGCUGUGGGAUUCACACUUGGGGCGGCCUUUGUGUUUUUUGCUGACCUGGCCAUGCCCCUGCUGGGUGUCGGUGCGGACCCCCAAACUGCCCUGGCCCUGCCCCCCGACUCUAAGAUGGACAAAGAGAAAGCCGAGGAGCCGUCGUUCGAGCCCACUGAGUCUGACGAGAUGAGCAUCAGGAUAGGUAGAGCCGGACCUCACUCAGAUAAAAUGGAGAACGGAGAUGUCCACCAGAGGAGGAGAGGCCAACAUACAGUCAACUCAGACGAACAGGAAACAGAAAUUAAACAACAGCAAGUGGUUGGGAAGACAGGAAGCAGCUGGCGACGUGUUCUCCUCCUCAUCCUUGCCAUCACCAUCCACAACAUCCCAGAGGGCUUGGCUGUGGGAGUUGCAUUUGGAGCCAUUGGAAAGACCUCAUCUGCAACUUUUGAGAGCGCCAGAAAUUUGGCCAUUGGUAUCGGCAUCCAGAAUUUCCCAGAAGGCUUGGCAGUGAGCCUGCCGCUGCGGGGUUCAGGGGUCUCGGCGUGGAGGUCCUUCUGGUAUGGCCAGUUAAGCGGCAUGGUUGAGCCUGUUGCCGGGUUACUGGGCGCCCUCGCUGUCGUUAUGGCAGAACCUCUGUUGCCGUAUGCGCUGGCAUUUGCUGCCGGGGCGAUGGUCUACGUGGUGGUCGAUGACAUCAUACCAGAGGCUCAAGUCAGUGGAAACGGGAAGCUGGCCUCCUGGACCUCCAUCCUGGGCUUCGUAGUGAUGAUGUCAUUAGACGUGGGCCUGGGCUAAGGUUGCCAGGGUAACCGGUGCAAUGUCAACAGGACCCUCAAUGGCCACGUUGUCAUGACAGUGAUGCUGACCUCAGUUUCUUUUUUUGUUUUUUUUUAAAGGGACCAAAUGGGGUGUUUUAUUCUGAAACACUGUUUGUACGUUUUGUUUGAAUUGUUGCUACUUGAAAUGUACUAAUUCAGAAACAGAACUAUUUUGUUAAACACUUAAGGGCAACUGUACUUGAAUGAUUAUCUUUGUGUGGUAAUGACUUUAUCGAUAAUGAAAAUACUCCUGAUUGCAGAGCUGGUGAAUGUUUAAUGAGAGGAUGCUGCUUUUGGAGUUUUACUUUGGCAGAGACUUGGUUUUAAAGCAAGAACUCUGUUAGGAAUGUUGUUGUUUUUUUUAAGUUUGCGUCUUCCAGUUUUUGUAUUUCCUCAUGAUGGCAAUAUUUGAAGUCUGGUUUUUGAUUUGAUCAUGUGUGGGACCGUGAAUGAAAAUUUGUUUUUUUCUUCUUUAAUUCUGCAAGACAGUAUGAUGUGCUGAAAUAUGAAGUUCUUUAUGGGACUUGUUUAAGCUCCAUGUUCUACAUCCGACCAUUUGUUACUGUGUAUAUAUGACAAUUAUUUGACUCACUCUGUCGUAUUUUAAGCCAUUUACUUUGUCCUCUUUUACAACAAUCUCAAACAAUAUUCUCCCUUUUAACCAUCUCCUGCCAUCUACAGGUCAGUCUGAAGAAUCACACGUUGUGGCCUUCGUCUAAUUAUUUAAAUGCUGUUGAAGUUGAUGAAUUAUUACGUGAUGAGUAUUUAUAUAAUUAAACAGCCAAGUAAUUCUCAGUUUUCCUCA